AUGUGUGUUAUAUGGCAUGAAGGAUACUAUUUUCACCCUACGGAUCUCAUAUCCUAUAUCGGUAUCAAAAUUCUUACAUUGGGUGACAGCUUUCAAUAUAACACUGUCGACGUAGACGCCAAGCGGCAAUUUCUAGAGGAAAGACAUUUAAGUUACGAUAAUUUGACGCUCAAACUAACGAUUUCAAUUGAAGAAUCGCACUGCGAGACAUUCCUUGUUUUUGGAGAAGAUAUACCCCAAUUCGUGGAAGCCUUUAUGCGCGCAUCUAUGUACUCAAUAUGGCGCUCGUUGCACAACAUAUUUAUUUUUGCGCACACUGCGCAAGCUUUAAACGCGACCUGUUGCCAGGGUUACUUCUUUCAGGAUCAACCCAAUAUUAUAUUCGUAGUGAGAGAUUAUGUCAAUGCAACAAGCUUUGCAUUGAAAACUAAUAAGUAUGUUGGAUCCAGAACAGAUCAUCCAGAGCAGUUGCAACUGGUAGAUCGAUAUGAUUCACUCCAGCAACGUUUUCAGUAUAAUCACUCACUCUUUCCUGAUAAACUUCGUGAUUUAAAAGGAAGGGAGGUAAUCAUUGCCUAUUUUGACUACAGACCGUACACAGUCAUGAAAUACGUAAAGAAGAAUAUAUACGGUUCUUUGGUUGCAUCCUUCAAGAGUAGCCGCAAUAACAUCCGCAAUAUUGGAGUGCCGGAAACGUCUGACCAAGCCUAUGUAUAUAUUGAUGGCACUGAAACCCGCGUUGUUCUUAACUUCUGUGCUCAAUUUAACUGUACAUUACAAAUUGAUACAUCUGAUGCCAACGACUGGGGCACUAUAUAUCCAAACAUCUCUGGAGAUGGCGCGCUGGGCAUGAUUGUCAAUCAUAAAGCUGACAUUUCCAUAGGCGCUAUGUACUCAUGGUACGAUGACUACACUUACCUAGAUUUGUCAAUGUACCUUGUGCGCUCUGGAAUCACUUGCCUGGUGCCAGCACCAAAGCGAUUGACCAGUUGGUAUCUGCCGGUACAACCAUUUCAGACUACUCUUUGGGCCGCGGUGUUGCUUUGCCUUUCCAUAGAAACAAUUGGGCUGGUGCUGGCGCACAGAAGUGAGCAACAUUUAUACUUGGCGAAUAGAGUUGAAAACAUCUGGCUUCGGAGCUUGGCAUUUGGUUUAGUAACAACUUUUAAGCUUUUCAUCUCCCAGGCGGGAAACAGCAAUGUACGAUCUGUAACAGUGCGUGUGUUACUAUUUGCUUGUUUCCUAAACGAUAUCAUUAUUUCGAGUAUAUAUGGGGGAGGCUUGGCCAGCAUAUUGACCAUACCCAGCAUGGGUGAAGCAGCCGAUACGCUUGAGCGAUUGCGCGCUUAUAAAUUGCAGUGGGCAGCCAAUUCCGAGGCAUGGGUUUCAUCGAUUCGUAGCUCUGAUGACCUGAAGGUGCGUGAACUCCUAGAGAAUUUUCACAUAUAUGACGAUCAUGAACUGCUCGUGCUUGCUCAUAAAGCGAAUAUGGGAUUUACUGUGGAGCGAUUACCCUUCGGUCACUUUGCUAUAGGAAACUAUCUCACAGGGCCAGACAUUGAGCAAAUGGUAAUCAUGCAGGAGGAUCUUUAUUAUCAGUAUACGGUAGCAUUUGUGCCACGGCUCUGGCCACUACUUGAGCGCUUUAAUCAGCUGAUCUAUUGCUGGCAUUCAUCCGGCUUCGACAAGUAUUGGGAAUACCGUGUAGUUGCCGAUAAUCUAAACGUUCAAAUACAGAAGCAGGUCGAGAAUACAAUUAUCAGUAGAAGACAGAACGAUAUUGGCAUAGAGCCCGUAACUUUAGGCAUGGCUAACUUUGCAGGUAUCCUACUGGUCUGGGUACUUGGCGCGCUUGCAGCUAUUACAGUAUUUGCAUUAGAAUUUGUAGCCGCUAAUUUAAGUGGUGAUCUUGUACCCAAGUAG